AACAAAUACGCCAUACUAUGUACCCUGGUGCAUACCCGAUUGCUCCGUUUGGAGUUUAGGAUGUAAUUGUACAUGAAAUUGUAACAUUUCAAAAUUAAUUAGUUUGGAAUAUCUUGUGUUCAUGGCGGGACCUUCUAAUGGGGAUCGUGGAGCAUUGGGCAAGAUGUUUGAGGCGGUCAGGGAGGCGGACAUUGAAACGCUUACCGAGAUGUUGGAGACUUCCAGCAGACUUAACCUGGACCAAUUAAUGGACGGCCAGCAUAUUUUACACGUGUCGCUGGACCAUCUUGAUAUGACACAAGUGCUUCUGACGCAUGGCGCCAACCCAAACAUUCCGGACGAAAAAGGUUGGUGCCCCAUCCACUACGCCACAAAGCGAAACUUUGUUGAAACUGUGAUGCUUCUUCUCCAGACCGGUGCAGAUAUAGAUCUCAAAACCAAAGAAGAAAAUAAAAAAGAGCAAAAGAGCGCACUGCAGAUAGCAGUAGAGUAUGGAGCACAAGCGUGCGAGGACCUGCUUCUGUUUGCAUGUGCAAAGAUACCCGGUAAGCAAGAUGGGGAAAACCAUGACAUAGCCGAUGGCUUCCUUGACGAAGAAAAUCCUGAAAUGCCCGAUGGUGUGCUUGAUAAAAACGACGAGAAAAACGUUAAAACACCCGAUGGCUUGCUUGAUAAAGAAGACGAGGAAAACCAUAAAAUACUUAUGAGGGGUAUUAAUGAUGGCAAAAUAUCUGUUGGUGGUGGAGUGUUUAACGUCAAUGCCGGCAGUGGCUUUGUUUCCGUGGAAAGUCGAACGAAAACGAAAAUGCACAUGAAGAUUGGACAGGUUAAGGAAGCCUUUAUCAUGCAGUGCCGGGAAAUGGAAGUUGACUUCCAGUCCUCCAGCAUUCGAAUACAGUCGGUGAAGUUUACCGAAGAUAUGACGCUAGUGAGCCGUAUUUACCAAUACAAAGUUGACAAAACAGUCACAUGCGACGUUAAAGUUGAAAUAUUUGAGAACGAUGAUACAACGGGACAAGUGAGAUCUACAAAGCAAUACAAGGAACUUAUUAUACAGCAAACUGUGAAGGGGUCUGAAACCAAGAGCGACUGCGUGGAUUUACCGAAAAAUUCUGGAAACGAAGUCACAAUCAAAGGAAUGACAUUUUACUCCAAUGGAAUAUCACCGGUUGUGGCGUUUGGUGUCUUUGCACAAGUUCGAAAAGAAAAUUUUACCAUCGGACCAAACGAAAAGAAAAAAAUACAGUCAGCUGUUGAAUCGAUGUUUGCAGUUGAUGUUCAAACAGGAAGCGCACCAUCGUCAACUGAGCUGGAGCUUAAGGUCAUAAAGGCAGACGAUCCAACACCAUUACCUAGAAGCGAGAGCAACAGCUCCGUCGAUUCGGGGUUUCAAAGCGAGACAAGUAUAAGCAGCCAUUCUGAUUUUUGCUCGGUUGCCAAAAGACAACCAAGUCUGGUAUCAGACGAGUCCAGGAUGGGAAACUCUACUGAUGGUGGCGGCGGUCCAGGACCUUCAGAUACGUACGAAAUGAGCGACAUGGGUAGACCCUCUUCUCCGGACACGCACCUUGAUGCGGAUAUUGUUGUUAUAUCACUUCCAAAGCCUCCUAUAAUGGGAGUCGACAAUGAUGGAAGUCUUGCAGUUCUGCGAUGCAACGAUGGCUCCAACCCCCUUGACGUCGGUUGUUGGAAUAGAACAGAACACUUGGAGCCUAUAAACAACAAGAAUAAUUUACAAGUUCAGGACGGAGUCAUGGGAUGUUACAUAGUGGUUCGGGUAAAAAAAUUCUCCUAUCUGAUAAGGAAGCUUGUCCGGCAGAUGUAUGAAAAUUGUGUCAGUGAUAAAAAACCAUGCACUUUCUUGCCGCUGCUUAAAAAAGUGAAGGAAGAGGGGACCUUUUUAAUACAGAUCGUUCUCUGCCUUGAAACUGAGCUUGAAGGUAUACUUGCCAAAGAGCAAGCACGACAAUCCGGCUAUGUUCUCUCAGAACACGGCCCGGUUUACUUGGAAAUGAAUGUCCGCAAAACUUACAUGCUGAAAGUUAAGUGCAACAAUACCCGCAAAAUGACUGAAGAUACCUUUCCAAUACAGUGUCAAGGGAAAUCACGUCCGAAAUCACAAAUUAUUGAAAUUGGCGUAGAACCUAACAAAAGGGCGAGUGGACGUGUUUAUUGCUUUAAGAAAAAUGUUCCAACGAGCGAACUAGACUACGGGUCAAAAAGCAAUGUACAGUUUCCGAUUCCAUUCCAAACGUGCAAAAGACAUACUAUUUUAGACAGCUUCUUGAGUGAUCGUUUCAUAAAAGACGCAGCGAAAUGUGUGGGUGACAAAUGGUUUGAGCUGGGAUUACGGUUUGGAUUUUCAUGCGAAGAAAUUAAUUGUUUUGCCGAAGUGGCAGACAAGAACGAGAAGGUUUUGUUUGUAUGGCGAGAUGACAAUACAACUGCAAAUGACAGAGGGUUGACCAAGGCGAUGGUUGCUUUUAAAAAAGCCGAACUACCAGCGUUGCGACGUAAAUUUCUAGAUGAAGUAUUAAAAUGGAAAGACAAUGACCCUGCUCUUUAUAGCUGGGCUGAAAAAUACAUAAAUGCCACUCCAACGAUAAAUAACAGAACAACAGGACGACAUAUCGUUUUUGACAUGAAUCGACUGAAACAACCUCAUGUGUCGCCUUUGGAAGAUGAGUUUUUGCUGGAAAUGUGUCCAGCAAUUGAAAGAGACUUAUUGUUUAUACAACUUGGAGUAAAGAAUGUUGAACUAACGGAUCACAAGGAAAUAAGACCAGCAGUCAGAAGAAAAUGCUUGUUACUCCAUAUUGCAAAAAAUCGGUUCGGUGAAAAUGGUAUUUUGAAGUUACUGAAACAGUUAUAUAAUGAACUGUCGCCAUUGCAUGCGGAGGAACUUCAAACUGAGGUUACUAAAUGGGUGAAAGAGAACGAGGGACAUCACCAGGAAGGGGACAAAAUACGAAAGUUAAAGAAGAUAUUUGACAUUCAUUAAACUACUGAGCACCUUUAAAUCGAAUGAUUAUACAUUUCAUUACCUCCUGAACAGUGACCAUGUGGAAGCAUGAAGUUGUUCAGAAAUACGAUGUUGGAAAUCUCAGAUUGAUUGAGACUAAGACUGUUCAUAGACAGCAUUGAUAAGUGCAAACGUCAACCGUUAUCGACCUAAACGGGCAUUACCUGUUAUGGCCAGUUUGUAUAUAAUACUACUUUAAAUGAAACCCACAGAGAACAACCUAGUAGUUAACCCUGUAUUCAUCGAUAA